AAUGGGUUGAAACCACAAGAUGUUUCUAUGGCUGAGGAACACGGUACCAGGGACUUCAGCUCCACCUCAAUAAUUGUACACCGAGAGUCUCUCCACUCUGUGGCUUUGGUUAACGACGAAGGUAGCAAACUGUUUUGCAGUCAGCUCUCAUUUUGCAGUCAGUCAUCGAGCGUAUUAUUGUUGUCGCAGCUCAUCAUAAUUUCCACAAGCCUUUGAGUGUCAAGCAAAAAAACUGAAAAAGUCGCCACGCCUCUACAUGCAAGGUCUAAAAGAAGUGCUUCGAGGCACAACUCGCAGUGAUGACUAAAACAGUGAUACGAUAUCUACUUCUCAGCACUUUUGUUAGGCUCCUCGACUCCCUCUCCGUGUCUCAGACCGUGGAGGUAGAGGCGGGGGACACUGUCACCUUUUCCUGUAGAAAUGUGUCCGACGUUCCCACACUGUCUACAUGGAUGAGGGCAGGUCGCACAUCCAAGCCCUUUGUCAUCUCCACUGGGUAUGGAACUUCUCCUUUGACAGGGAGACACAGUGAUGGUAUCCAACAAAGUCGAUUUGUAGCGGAAUACGGUGCCUCUUUCAUCAAUCUUGCAAUAAUGAAAGUGAGUUCUUCAGACUCUGGCUGGUAUUAUUGCCUUUUUUACCUUGGGAUGGAUGUAGUUGUUGUCAACUCAACAUGGUUGUUGGUUCAUGAAAAUGGUACAUUUCACGAAGAGGACGACCCAAAUUCUGAAAAACCCCGGCCAGUGAAGUGUGAGGGGAAUUGGAUCAUGGUCGGAGGACUCUUUGGUUCGGCGGUCAUCAUCCUGGUUCUGGUCAUUGGCGGACUCGUUUUUAGAAUAGCACAUCAACGUAAACUUCGAAAAGAUACUACAAAUAAACCUCAACUACAGGAAAGCCAGGUUCAGAAGCCAGAGCUGGCUGAAGUAUGCUACUCUAUGUUGAGUUUCCGUCAGAAGAACAGAAGAGGGGGGCCCAGACCUAAGGACCUAGACACGGCUGUUGUGUACGCAGCAACUAGAAGACUUUAGGAAUCUAUCAAUCUUAACCAUACGUUGACUUUUUUUGCAAGACAUGGAAUUACAUUGCAUUACUAUGAAGUCAUUAAGAAACAAAUGAGCUUGCAAAUAUAUCUGGAAAUUUUUGUUUUGUUCGAAAUUAAUAUUUAAUAAAAUCAAACAAAUUGGUCGGUUAAAGCUCUCCAUGAA